AGCGAGCAACCCGGCCGCGAUCGAAGCAGCUUGGAGGAAACCUCUCCCCAGAUCUUAGCCAGCAGCAGCAGCCAAGAACUCGGCCCAGACCCCGAGGGGCGGAGACGCAGGAGGAGGCGCCUGCGGAGCCCAGCCCAGCUCAGGGAGGGAGACCUCCCUCUUCUCCUUCCUUCUCCGGCUUUCUCCAUUCUCGAUCCCAGUUACAAAACUCCUCGUCGUCCGGGGACGGCUUGCUGGGCGAAGAUCAUGGUUAGAUCCUGGGGAAGGCGGGCGGGAAAAGGAAGGGGGCUUUGCUAAAAUGCGCUUUUUUUUUUGCAAGCCGUCGGAGAAUACGCUUUCCAAAAACUCGAGGUGGGGGGUUUUGGCUGCAAAGCAAAUUGCACAGCGCUUCCAAGCGAUCUCCCCUACCAUCGGCUAUGAAUAUGCCCGUUUUGUAGGGUGAGGUGUGGGAAGGCGGAAGUGUGUUGGGUUGUGGGGGUGGGGGUUGGGGGUGGGGAGACAUGUUGGGAACCCACUUUCUGAGCCAGAACUGGUGGGGAAGGGGAUGCGGCUUUUGGAGGCGGCCUUGCGCUUGUCCAAACAGAAUAUGGGGUGUGUUUAUAUGGCAGAAUUAGGGGCUGAUCUUUUCAUAAGGCGGGUGUUUAGUAUGAAGGAGGGGGUGGGGGUCCAGGAAAGCAGCUGUCUGGGGGGCGUGAGUUCCCCUUCUUUAUUAGGAGGUCGCCAAACACUGGAGGGAGCUGAGCGGAUUCUGUGCCAGGGAGACAGCUGUCAGGAGCAGCUUUGCUUUGCUUAUGAUAUUAUGGUUAUGUAAUCCUUACAAGAACCCUGAAAGGUAGGCCAGUAUUAUUUCCCCAACCCCCCCCCCAUUGCAGACAGGAGGGGUGGAGGCUAAAGCCGAGAGAGAGAGAGAGAGAGAGAGAGAGGGAGUGGCUUGUGCAAAUUCAAGCUGGCAGUGACCCGACUUGUAGCUUAGGCUCUGCUAAGCCAGCUGCCCUGAUGCAAGGUGAUCUGGGAGGGGGGGGGUCAGGUUUGUGGGGGUCAGGUUUCACGUGGUUUGAGGAGAGAGAGGGUCUCUGGGGUGGAAUCGUGGGGGGUCCGUGACUGGGGAUGAGGAGGGGGAAAUUAGAUCGUUAUAGGUCUUUCCCCUUGGUGAACGUAGUGGGAGAUUUAAAGCAGAACAUGGACUGCAAGAAGAUCAAACCUAUCCAUUCUGAAGGAAAUCAGCCCUGAGUGCUCACUGGAAGGACAGAUCCUGAAGCUGAGGCUCCAAUACUUUGGCCACCUCAUGAGAAGAGAAGACUCCCUGGAAAAGACCCUGAUGUUGGGAAAGAUGGGGGGCACAAGGAGAAGGGGAUGACAGAGGACGAGAUGGUUGGACAGUGUUCUCGAGGCUACGAACAUGAGUUUGACCAAGCUGCGGGAGGCAGUGGAAGACAGGAAUCAUAGAAUCAUAGAGUUGGAAGAGACCACAAGGGCCAUCGAGUCCAACCCCCUGCCAACCAGGAAACACCAUCAGAGCACUCCUGACAUAUGGUUGUCAAGCCUCUGCUUAAAGACCUCCAAAGAAGGAGACUCCACCACACUCCUUGGCAGCAAAUUCCACUGUCGAACAGCUCUUACUGUCAGGAAGUUCUUCCUAAUGUUUAGGUGGAAUCUUCUUUCUUGUAGUUUGGAUCCAUUGCUCCGUGUCCGCUUCUCUGGAGCAGCAGAAAACAACCUUUCUCCCUCCUCUAUGUGACAUCCUUUUAUAUAUUUGAACAUGGCUAUCAUAUCACCCCUUAACCUCCUCUUUUCCAGGCUAAACAUGCCCAGCUCCCUUAGCCGUUCCUCAUAAGGCAUCAUUUCCAGGCCUUUGACCAUUUUGGCUGCCCUCCUCUGGACACGUUCCAGUUUGUCAGUGUCCUUCUUGAACUGUGGUGCCCAGAACUGGACACAGUACUCCAGGUGAGGUCUGACCAGAGCAGAAUACAGUGGCACUAUUACUUCCCUUGAUCUAGAUGCUAUACUCCUAUUGAUGAGGCCCAGAAUUGCAUUGGCUUUUUUAGCUGCCGCGUCACACUGUUGGCUCAUGUCAAGUUUGUGGUCAACCGAGACUCCUAGAUCCUUUUCACAUGUACUGCUCUCAAGCCAGGUGUCACCCAUCUUGUAUUUGUGCCUCUCAUUUUUUUUUGCCCAAGUGCAAUACUUUACAUUUCUCUUUGUUAAAAUUCAUCUUGUUUGUUUUGGCCCAGUUCUCUAAUCUGUCAAGGUCGUUUUGAAGUGUGAUCCUGUCCUCUGGGGUGUUAGCCACCCCUCCCAGUUUGGUGUCAUCUGCAAAUUUGAUCAGGAUGCCCCUGAGUCCAUCAUCCAAGUCGUUGAUAAAGAUGUUGAAUAAGACCGGGCCCAAGACAGAACCCUGUGGCACCCCACUAGUCACUCUUCUCCAGGAUGAAGAGAAACCAUUGAUGAGCACCCUUUGGGUUCGGUCAGUCAGCCAGUUACAAAUCCACUGAGUGGUAGCAUAGUCAAGACCGCAUUUUACCAGCUUAUUUACAAGAAUAUCAUGGGGCACCUUGUCAAAUGCCUUGCUGAAAUCAAGGUAGGCUACAUCCACUGCGUUCCCUUCAUCUACCAGGCUUGUAAUUCUGUCAAAAAACGAGAUCAGGUUAGUCUGACGUGACUUAUUUUUCAGAAAUCCAUGCUGACUAUUGGUGAUCACAGUAUUCCUUUCUAGGUGCUCACAGACUGUUUGCUUAAUGAUCUGCUCCAGAAUCUUCCCUGGUAUUGAUGUCAGACUGACUGGGCGGUAAUUAUUUGGGUCCUCUCUUUUCCCCUUUUUGAAAAUAGGGACAACAUUUGCCCUCCUCCAGUCUGCCGGGACUUCGCCUGUUCUCCAGGAAUUCUCAAAGAUGACUGCCAGUGGUUCUGAGAUCACAUCUGCCAGUUCUUUUAAUACUCUUGGAUGCAGUUCAUCUGGCCCUGGAGACUUGAAUACAUCUAAACUAGCCAAGUAUUCUUGUACUAUCUCCUUAGUUAUUCUGGGCUGUGUUUCCUUUGCUGAAUCAUUUGCUCCAAAUUCUUCAGGUCAGGCAUUGUUUUCUUUAUCGGAGAAGACUGAGGCAAAGAAGGCAUUGAGGAGUUCAGCCCUUUCUGUGUCCCCUGUUUGCAUUUCACCAUCUUCUCCUCUGAGUGACCCCACUGUUUCUUUGUUCUUCCUUUUGCUACGAACAUACCCAUAAAAGCCUUUGUUGUUGCUUUUAACCUCUCUAGCAAGCCUGAGUUCAUUCUGUGCUUUAGUUUUUCUGACUUUGUGUCUACACGUGCUGGCUAUUUGUUUGAAUUCCUCUUUGGUGGUUUCCCCCCUUUUCCAUUUUUUGUACACAUCCUUUUUUAAUCUUAACUCAGUUAAAAGUUCUUUAGAUAGCCACCCUGGCUUCUUUAGGCACCUUCCAUGUUUCCGUCUCAUUGGUAUUGCCUGACGUUGUGCUUUUAGUAUUUCCCUCUUAACAAACUCCCAGCCAUCAUGAACUCCCUUUCCUUUUAGUAUUACUGUCCAUGGGAUCUCACCCAGCACUUCCCUAAGUUUUAUGAAGUCGGCUUUCUUAAAGUCAAGAAAUUGAGUCCUAGUAUGCUUGGCUGCUCCUUUCCGCUGUAUAGUAAACUUCAGAAGAGCAUGAUCACUCGCGCCUAAUGAUCCUUCCACUUCUACCCCACUAACCAGGUCAUCAACAUUGGUUAGGACCAGAUCUAAAAUGGCUGUUCCUCUUGUUGCUUCUCCCACUUUCUGGACAAUGAAGUUGUCUGCAAGGCCAGUGAGGAAUCUGUUUGACCUUAUGCUCUUGGCUGAGUUUGACAUCCAACAAAUAUCCGGGUAAUUGAAGUCCCCCAUUACUACUAUCUCCCUUCCUUUUGCAUGCUUGGCCAUCUGUUCCAGGAAGGCAUCAUCUAUGUCCUCCGUUUGGCUUGGGGAUCUAUAGUAAACUCCCACAAUGAGGUCACUGUUAUUCUUCUCUCCCUUAAUUUUGACCCAAAUGCUCUCACUUUGGCUUUGAGGUUCUAAAUCUUGGAUCUCUUCACAGGUAUACACAUCCCUGACAUAUAACGCCACUCCUCCUCCUUUCUUGUCUGGUCUGUUUCUCUGAAAUAGAUUGUAUCCCCCAUUAUUACAUUCCAAUCGUGGGACUUAUCCCACCAGGUUUCAGUGAUGCCUAUUAUGUCAUAUUUAGUUUGCUGUACCAAGAGCUCAAGCUCAUCUUGUUUAUUUCCCAUGCUUUGCGCAUUAGUGUACAGACAUUGAAGUCCAUUAAUCAUUCCCCCGUGUCUCUUAUUUAAGGAUUUUUUCCUCCCACUACUAGGUCUGCGUGCUGUUUGCUCCAUUUGGUCUAUGACAUUUGGAUGAUCGUCUUCAUCAAUUGAUAGACUCCUACCUUCAGGAGCACUGUCUCCCUCCCCCACAUUAAUCAGUUUAAAGCCCUCCUGAUGAGGUUUCUGAGAUUUUUGGCAAAAGCAUUUCUCCCAACUGUUGUGAGGUGCAGCCCAUCGCUUGCCAGAAGUCCAUCUUCAAGAAACUGCAGUCCGUGAUCUAAGAAUCCAAACCGUUCCUGUUUACACCAUUUGCGAAGCCAGCUGUUCACUUCCACUAUUUUUCCCUCUCUCCCUGGGCCACGUCGUUCAACUGGGAGGAGUGCCUGGCAUGCUCUGGUCCACGGGGUCCCGAAGAGUCGGACACGACUAAACAACAACAACAACAAAAUACUAAGGAUGAAUACUCUAGGUCGGCGGUUCCCAGCCUGUGGGUCCCCGUAUGUUGUUGAACUACAACUCCCAUCACCCCUGAGCUCUGGCCUUGCUAGCUAGGGGUGAUGGGAGAUGUAGUCCAACAACAUCUGGGGAUCCACAAGUUGAGAAAGGCUGUACUAGGUGCUUGUUUGUUGGUGCAACGGGGGAAUGGAGGAAAAGCAAGGAGCCUUUGGAAGUGGAGGUUGGGAGUCCACCGCCCUCCAGAUGUUGAUGGACUCCAGCUCCCAUCAGCCUGCCAAUUAAAUAGUCAGGGAUAGUGGACGUUGUAGUCCCAGUGGUCUUUCAGGGAAGGCUGAAGGUCUUGGAAGGAAGUGCAGGAAGGUCCUUGGGAAGUGGAUGGUGCAGGUUGGAGAUGAGAAAUGGUGUCCUUUUGCAAGACUAUCAAGAAGACUAGACUGGAGAGGGGGCAGGAAUUGUCUGGGAUGCUCUAUGGGAGAGUAAAGCCCACAGGCAAGGAUUUGACUUGCUCUCUUCCCAUUGGCUCCCUAUGCCAAUUUGUCCAAGUCCCUCAAACCCUUUGAGUCUUUGGCCUUCUCUGCAACUUGGUACUGACUCUUCAGAGUAGCAGCAAGUUGGGCAGAAAGGUACCCACAAACACACCUGUGUACACCAACCAUGCUUGCAUUGGGGGAUGCUGUGGGUGUACUUGGGCUUUGGGUCUUUCUUCCUAAGGAGGUCAAGUUAGCCUUCUCUCUGUUAAACUUUACAUCAAAAAGUGAAGACUUUUUUAUUGGCCCACUGAGAUAAUUCUUAUUCAGCUGCUUGCUUUUUUUUUUUUUAAGGCUCUGCUGUUUUUUUUAAAAAUUCAUUUUUAUUGGGUUUUUCAUUUUUACAAUGUCUGUAAUCAUUACAUUACAUUCAAGUUUCAAUUUCCCCUUUCCCUGCUGACUUCCCUCAACUUCCAUCCCUGGUUUAUUACAUCUCAUAUUACAUCCUGCUGUUUAGAUAUACUUCUGUAUUAUCGUACUAUUAAGUUUCUUGUUUUUUUAUAAAUAAAAUUGCCAAUGUUUAUUUAAAUCCUGCCAAUAACGCUUUUUUUUUCUUCUGCAAAUAUGAUGUAAAAGGUUCCCAUUCUUUUUCAAAGUCACUGUUGUCUUUUUCACGUAGUUAAUCUGUUAACUUUGCCAACUCUGCAUAGUUCAUUAACUUCUCUUGCCAUUGUUCCUUUGAUGGUAUUUCUCCAGUCUUCCAGUUCUGUGCUAUCAGAAUUCUUGCUGCUGUCGUCACAUAAUGUCUGUUUUUCUUUCGGCAGUUGUCCUAAAAUUCCUAUCAAAAGGGCUUCUGGUUUUUUAGUAAAUGUCAUUUUAAAAGGCUCUGCUGUUUUUAUUUAUUUAUUUAUUUUUAACUGUAGUUUUAUAUUUAUGCUGAGCUUUAUAUAGCAUGAAUGCUGCAUAUCACUUAUACGCUACGCUUUUAACAAUGUGUAUUAUUUGCAUGUUGUUUAUACGUGCUGCUUUUCUGUGCUAGGGGCUCAAUAACCAUAUUGCUAUUGGGGGACCUAGUACAGCAAUGUAGCACAUAUAAAAUACUGUAAAUAAAAAAUAACCAAACACGCAAAGAGCACUGUUGAAAACGUCAUGUGCUGUGCCUUUCCCUAGGUGCCCGAGCUGGAGAAAGCGACUGUCCGAAUGAAGGAUCCUGAACGCGUAAAAAAUGUAAUUUCAGCCCUCAGAAAAGGUGGGGUAGGAAAAUUCCAGGUGCGUGCUCCUGUAUUCAUCUGUUUGUCUGCUGUUUGUCGUACCCUUAAUUUAUCCCUCCCACCCAGCUUCUUCCCAGAUGUAUUGCACAAGCAGCUGCAUAAACCUCGGAUCAAAUUUUUACCUCAGGCGCUGCCUGGUUUUUGUCUUUGUCUAUUUACUAGUGAAAUGCCUGCCAAAUGAUGAGAACAGCAUGGGUUUAAUGCAGUGCUCAGAAUGUUUAAGCAUAUAGGUAACCGUGAAGGCCAUAACAUUCUGCACCAAGAGAGCCUUCUCCUUAAAGUUGUUUCUUGGGAAAUAUGGCAAUUUGGGGGUCAUCUGGAUUUCAUGUGAAAAGUCAGGUUCCCCAAACAGGUUCUGUUAACUUAAUGCUUUCUGUUGGUAUCUCUCCAGCCUGCAUCAGAGAAGUGAUUUAAGAGCACUUGGCAGACUAAAACUCACCAACAUCCAAAACUUUAUUACACAUAGAUAUAGGAGCUAUAGAAAUGCUAAAAUGAAACCGUGGCAAAGAUUGAAUGGACUCAUUUGUCAUGUGUCACCAAAGCACAACAAUUGUAGUAAAUGGUAACACAGACUUUUAUUUCUUUCUUAAAAUUGCACUUAUUUGACUACCAUGCGUCAAACGUAAUUCGCUUUAGCUCGGGUGAAGAUGUGUUGAAUUUACCGGCCACUGCCUGACUAGUGUAUGCUAGAUAUUGCUUUCUUCAAAGCAAGAAGAAACAAGGUUGUGUUGGCAAAUUAUUAUCUGUCUUAAGCUGAGUUUCCCUCUGUAAAUGAAACCUGGCAUCCUGUGACGUUGCUGCAAAUAACAAAUGUUUUGACGGUUUGACAGGACAACUUGGAAUGACUCCGGCCCACUGUAACUUAAGAAUUUAUUUGGUUCCUUCUCAGUCUCAGUUUUGAGCCUGUUUAGUGUGAAGCACCAAUCAUCAGGUGGAAUCACUUGAUGUGCAGAGAUUCCAUCGUGCCUUCCCACCUUCCCAGUUGAUAGGCACUGGGAAUCGUCCCUUAGCCCACCAAACAGCAAAUGGGCAGGCUGAAGAGAGUGCAGUUAUGAAAAUGGGGAGAUCACCUUCCUCCACAUUUAAAUCACACUCCAUGCAGGCAGCUCCAAGCAGCUGUUUGAUGAGCUAAGUGAGUGACACUUGACAAAUUCAGCAGUGGUGAUGGUAGCAGAGGCAGGCGGCAUUGAAGGCCUGAAGGCUGCCCACCUGAGAUUACUUGGUAACUCUUGAGAGUUACCAAUUUCUUGCUUCCCUGAAUCUGUAGAGUAGUUUCUUGGGCUAGGCAAUGAAUCCCUUGUAAUCUCUCUCUCUCUCACUCUCUCUCACACAUUUUCCCUCCUUGUUCUCUCCAGGUCAUUUCCGAUUUUGACAUGACUCUGACUCGGUUCGGGUUCAACGGUCGACGCUGCCCUACUUCCUACAGUGAGUCCAGUUUUGGCCCUUUUCUAUUUCAUUUUUCUCUUGUAAAACAUGACGGACUUUUAUCUCUCCCUCUUGGUCCCUCCAAGCCUUUGGGACAGUCCACAUAUAUUCCUAUUCCUAUUCCUAUAUAUAUUCCUAUUCCUAUCUCUUUUUUAAAAAAAUGGUGACAUGGACCAUACAUAACGUAAGAAUAUUAAUCACCACCGUGAGCAGGGCAGUGGGAGCAGGCGCGGGGGGGUAACGGAAUACAAGUUACAACAAUUAAUUAUAACGCUGUUCACUGCUCCUGCUCAGGCUGCACAGAAAAAGCAUUUUGGUUCCUGGAAUUCAUUCCAAUUGUACACAUAAAAUAUGACUGAUAGAAUUCUACUGGAUGUGGUAUUAGUGUGUGAAAGCAGUCCAGAUGCCAUGAUGCUCCAGAUGGUGGGCACUAUCCUGGUGCCCAGGCAUCUGCACUUGGUCGCAAGUGGUCAAUAGCCAGGUGCAAAAUGCGCCUGGCGCCUGGUUAAUUUCGAACACUGACCCCAAAUGAGAGUAAACUGAUUCAGAGUUAUUUGCAGAUGGUACCUGAGUAAAUAUUUUCACAAGUGGUGGUCCUGGGAGAAGCUACAAGAAUUCUGGAAAACAAUAUUUUACAAAAUUGGGCUUACCACAAGUCAGAUACUAGACUUAGAUCUCUGAAUGGUGUUAUUUCCAUAUUUGAUGAGGGGAACCAAAAUGUUACUAAAAAUUGUAUACGUGACAAAAAAUAAUAAUUGUUAUAGUAGUUAACCAGACCUUAAUACGGUAUUUAUAAAAAUGAAUUCGAUAGUUGGAAUUUGGCAUAUAUUUUGUGUGUGUGUCUCUUCAGAUAUCAUAGAUAACAGCCGGGUCAUCAGCGAAGAAGGCAAGAAAAAGGUAUGAGCUUUCAUAUCUUGGCAUGCUGAUAUUUUAAAGUCUAAACUGACUUCCCAGUUCCAUUCCCUCCUGCUGUUAGGAGCUCAAGGAACCUUGAGUUCUAUGAGGGGACUAAGGUUUUGAAACAGAGAAUUCUCCAUUCCUUCUAUUGAGAGGUUAAGACCUCAUGAAUGACUUUUUGAGUUCUCUCUAUUCUACAGUCUCCGUGUAGGUUUGACUUGCCUGCAACUAGUCCCCCAAGCAAGAAACCAAAUAACAGAUAACAUGAAGAUGCUUUUCCUGUUUCUGUCGCCCACCCCCUUGGGGGACUGUACCUUGCAAGUACUGGCUAACGAUCAAUAUCCAUCCCAUCCUCCUAAUAUGAUAGGGAGCAGGCUAUGCAGUUGGUUGUCCCAGUCCUAGCCAGAACCUCCAUCUUGGAAAACCUCCAUCUUGAAAUGUGCGUGUUUUAUCUUCUGACUAGCUAAAUAUCCCCCCUUCCUUUUCUUGAUACUGGGAACUGUUCCAGCUAAAAGAUCUGCUACAUCAUUACUACCCUAUUGAAAUUGAUCCGUACCGGACCAUGGAGGACAAGUUGCCCCUCAUGAUAGAAUGGUGAGUAUUUGUGUCGGAAGAGGUAAUGUUUUCCUUAACAGGGAGGAAGGGUGAUUUCUUCCAUUACAGAACACACACACCCCAACUCCAUUAAUGAGAGUCCCCCCCCCAAUAUUUUUUAUUAAUUUUCCAAUUUUAUAACAAACAUAAAAGAAAAACAUUACAAAAGAGCAAACAUAUAUCCUAGUUGUUAAAAUCCUAAUUUAAAUACCAUUGUUAGUUGACUUCCUCAAAUCCCCCCAGCUGAGUUUCCAUAGAACUCAUUGUAGCAAGUUUCCAAUAUCCACUUUCAAAUAAAAUUAACUUAUUCAAUUAACAUCUUUCGUUCUUUUCAUAAUAUUUUCAAUCCAAAAUGUUGUACAAUUCAGCAUAUUUUACUCCUAGGCCAAUUUGGUACUUACAAGUAAUUCUACAUACGUUAUCUUAGAAUAUCUAACUAAAUAGUCCUUGAUAUUCUUCCAUUCUUCUUGAUGCUCCUCCUCUUUCUGUUUGUCAAUUCUUCCAGUCAGGUCAGCCAGCUCCAAAAAGUCCAUCAUCUUCAUCUGCCAUUCCUCCACUGUUGGUAUUUCUUGUAAUUUCCAGUUUUUGGCUAACAAAAUUCUUGCUGCAGUUGUGGCAUACAAAAACAGUCUAACAUCUUUCUUGGGCAAUUCCAAACCUAUUAUUCCAAGUAGAAAGGCUUCUGGCUUUUUAAUAAAUGUAUAUUUCAACAUUUUUUUCAACUCAUUAUAAAUCUUUUCCCAGAAGCCUUUCACCUUGGGACGUGUCCACCACAUAUGAUAAAAGGUACCUUCCUUUUCUUUACAUUUCCACCAUUAAUGAGAGGUUUGAGGAUCUUAAAAGGGAUUGGGGGCACAGACACAUCACCUGAGACAGGUCUGAUCUGUGGCGGUCAAGCAAACACGAGAAUCGCUCAUGUGCCUGGAGAAACAAACUAACUAGAGGUUCUGUAAGCUCAAUAGAUACACCCACAGAGGACUCCUGGUCCCUGAUAGGACAGGUGUGUGUGUUCCAGGUGGACUAAGGCCCACGACCUCCUGGCCCAACAGAAGAUAAAGAAAAGCGAUAUCGCCCAGGUUGUGAAAGAGUCGGAUGUCAUGCUCAGGUACAAAAUUUGGAUGAUGUGUGCAAGAACAGGUGGGCAUGUGGGAUGGGGGAACAACUUUAUUUUUGUGGUCUGUGUCCUCCUCUGCCUCAACCCUUCCGGAAUUCGCUGUCAGGGCAAGGUGGAAUUUUGACACUUGAAAUUGAAGUGUGCCAUUGUGUUCCGGAGUUUGAGGGCUUGCGAUUUUCCACACGCCUACUUGACAUACAGAAUGCAGAUAUUUUAAACUUGCAAGAAGCCAAGUUACAGGGAACCAGGCAGAGGGCCUUCUCGGUAGUGGCACCCGCCCUGUAGAACGCCCUCCCACCAGAUGUCAAAGAGAAAAAUAACUACCAAACUUUUAGAAGACAUCUGAAGGCAGCCCUGUUUAGGGAAGCUUUUAAUGUUUAAUAGAUUAUUGUAUUUUAAUAUUCUGUUGGAAGCCACCCAGAGUGGCUGGGGAAACCCAGCCAGAUGGGCGAGGUAUAAAUAAUAAAUUAUUAUUAUUAUUGUGCAGUCGUUGGCCAGAUUUGGCAAGGAAAAACAUGGCUGUGGAUGGGGAGAUUUGGGGGAGCAGCAGGACUGGAAGCCGUAAACGAGGGAGAAGCAGCCAGAGCCUGAAAGGCAGUUCUGUCACAAUUGAUAGCAUUUAUAUAUCAUGUUCGAUGUAUUCAAAGCAUUUCACAUUUAUUAACAUUUAGGCUAGUAGGGUAGGUCAGCUUUAUUAUCCUUGUGGAAGGGGUUGAGGAGACAGAGGCUUAUCUAAGGAUCUCUCCACACAUUCAUUUUUUGUUUUUGUUUUUAGUUAACUGCACAAUUAAGAUGUAAAUCGUGAUUACAAGAAGUGUGUCUCAUGCAUGUACACUAGUUGGUGAUCUAGGAUUAAUGGCGGCUUCCUACCAGUCGAAAGUGGGUUUGUCCCAUGUAACGUGUGCCAUAUCCCUACAGCAGAGUGGAUUUUCAAGGCAACUGAAAUAAUAAGCAAAAAUGUUGUGUUAAAAUGAUUGCCAAGCAAAACGUUGUGUUAAAAUAAUUGCUUUACAUCGAGUUUCCCAUUGUUAUAUUGUAUAUUUCCUUUUUUAAAAAACCAUGCUUACAUACGAAUUGGUUAAUUUAAUCACUGCAAUAUUUUUACUUUGUUUGGACAUUGCAGUAAGCCGUGGUUUGGUGAGCCAUGAAUUGAAAUAGCCUUGUGUGUUUCACCAUUUCAGUCGAAUGUUAACACUUCCUCUCUUUCUUGCAUUCAGAGACGGCUUCAACAUCUUAUUUGACCAGCUUCACCAGAACAAAGUACCCCUCUUCAUCUUCUCCGCAGGUGUGGGUGAUGUGCUAGAGGAGAUAAUUCGCCAGGCUGGGGCGUUCUAUCCCAAUGUCAACGUGGUCUCCAACUACAUGGAUUUUGACGACAGUGUGAGUUGAUCCCACUUCACUUUCCCCAACUCCUAUCUGCCCUGGCAUGGAAGCGGUGUGCCAAUCUGAACACCGUGUGUGUGGGUCUUAGAAAGGUUUGGGAUGGUAUUAAUAGGAGGGGGUAAAAUGGAAGUCAUGUGUGUGCCUUCUGGGGUCAGCCGGAAAGUGCCAGGCACUACCAGGAUGAGCAGAAUUUUGGUUGUAGUGAUAAAAAUUAUUUAUAAGAGACUCAGUCCCAGCUCUCAUUGAGCCGUCAACACAACCACGCCUCUCUGGUGCUGUUCAGCGAAGAGCAUGGGCAAAGAAAUAAGCUGGAUGAGAGCUUUAAGUGCAUAUGGCGGAGAAUUUGUCACAAAGAUGAUUGAACAGGCGCUAUAGGACAUAUUCAUGUUUACUACAUCCAGGUGAGGAAUCAUUUUGCUGUAUAGGGAAGUUUUUUUAUGUUUUUGUAUAUGGAAACCACUGAGUGACUGGGGCAACCCAGUCAGAUGGGCAGGGUACAAAGAAUAAAAUUAUUAUUAUUGUGUCAUCAAGUAGUCCACCAGUGCUGUUUGGAGUGUUUUGGAGUUUAUUCACACUUGCCUGGUGAUGAGGGUACUUGAACCCUUGGAGGUGUGCUGUGUGACAUGUUUGCUAGGCACUUUGAAGGUAAAAUCACUCAUCUCUGUGAUGACUUGGAUUCCAUAUUUGUGACAAAUUUGGGUGAAGUGUCCAAUGCAAUGUCUAGGCCAGUUUCGUGGGAUCAGUUUAAGUCGUUGAGGCAUGAGGAUGUAGAUAAGGUGCUUCAAAGAAGCACCAAGGCUGUUGUCCAUUCAGCAUCUGUGCAAGACUUUCCUUUUCCUUUUCUUUUUUUCUAUAAUUUUUUAUUAAAUUUUCUGUUUUACAUUUUAGAAUAUUCAUUUAACCAACCUUAAAAUUUCAGUGACUUCCCUUCUGCUCUUUCCAUGGUUCAUUUUACAAAACAUAAAUCCCUGAAUAUUUUAUAUAAACUAAACCAUUCAGUAUUACAUCCAUCAAAACUUUUUUCUUAAAAAAUGUUUAGGGCUAUUCGCAUUUUCCUACUCAUAUUGAAAUACUGCCCCUCAAUGAGGCCAAACUUAGAUUCACAAAAUGUUUAGGGGUAUGUGUCCCUCUGCGUCCCCCCCCCGAAAAAAGCACUGAUUACAUCCAUCAAAACUUAUUUACCCUGUUGAAUUUAUCUUAAUGCUGCCCAUGUUUUCAAAUAAACACAAUUUUCCUCCAUAUAUAUUCAAAAAACAGUUUCCAAUCUUCUUUAAAUGUAUGUUCUUCUUGUUUUCUUAUUCUAUAUGUUAGGUCUGCAAGCUGCACAUUUUCUAUCAGUUUGAGUUGCCAGGGAAUUCCCAGGUGUUAAAAAAGGUUAUUUAUGCAUGCCACUAUUGCGUCUGUUGUUUUGUUAGCCCCAAAAUGGAAAUUGAGCAAAGUCCCAACUAAAGAAGAAUGGCAACUUAAAGACUUUGCUUUUUCAGUGAGCUUUCUAAGAGGAGAUUUCUAUUUGUGUUGGAUCUUGAAGCGUUUCUGUACAUGCAAUUGUUUAAACUGUUUUUAUAUAGGUGUUUAUUGUUUAUUGUGAAAUUGCCUGGAUAAGCAACAGAUGAAAUGAUUUGUAAAUUGAAAAGACACUGGACAUGUGAAAAAAUCAAAAGCUUCUGGAACAUAGCACUGUAUAUGACGAGCUUAAAAAAAUGUUUAAGUAUAACUUUAUGAAAAAUACAGAAGCUUUUCUACUAGGGAUAACGGACACAGGUAUAGCAAGAGAAGGUCAGAAAAUAUUCCUCUAUGCCACAGGAGCGGCAAGGAUCCUAAUAGCUAAAAAUUGGAAAAAAGAAAUUGUGCCAACAAAAAGGGAAUGGCAAGACAAACUGUUAGAGUAUAUUGAACUGGCUAGAUUAACAGAGGCAAUUAAAGAUCACACUAGACAAGAGUUUCAAAAAGCAUGGGGAAAAUGCAGAGAAUACUUCACAAAACUGUGCCCUAAAAUACAUACCUGGACUUGUUUUGAUUAAUGUCUGCAGGAGACUUUGUGGAUAUUUAAGUUAUAAUUAGAAAAAUCUUAAUAAUUAUUCAUAAAGGAACAGCUUAUAAGAAGUAAAUAAGGAAGCCAGAUACAGGAUAAAGGAGGUCUUUUAUUUGGUUGUUUGUAUUGUUGUAUGUUAUGCUUAUUGUAUGUUAUGUCCAUGUUUAAUGAGGGUAGAUUUCUAUAUUGGGGGGGUGGGGGGUUUAUGCUAUGUUGUAAAUAAAAUUUCCAGUAAAAAAUAUUUAAAAAAAAGAAAGAAAAGGACACUUAACGACUUUGAAGUAAUUACUGCUGAGUAGUUUGGCUGCACAGAAACACAACACAGAAGCUGCCUAUUUCUGUGACUCGUUUAUCUCAUUUGUUUUUGUGUCCUCCAUACAGGGAGUUCUGCGAGGUUUCAAAGAGCCCCUCAUCCACACCUACAACAAGAACAACACGGUCCUGAAGGACACAGAGUAUUUCCAGCAGCUGUGCACAAGGACAAACAUCUUACUCCUUGGAGAUUCCAUGGGCGAUCUCAGUAUGGCAGAUGGUGUCGUUGAUGUGGAGAACAUCCUCCGGGUUGGCUUCCUGAAUGACAGGGUGAGUUGGGAUUACCCAGCCGGGCACAGCUGACUGUGGAAGGGCUGUGAGACAAGGUGAGAUGGCCCUUUCGGGUGGCAGACUUGGAGAGCUGGGAAAGUGGCCAUCGGUCCAUGAAAAGAUUGUGCCCCACCCCUUCUUGUGCUGCCAACAAAGGCUUGAUCUGCAGAAAUUAGCAGAAAAAAAGCAUGGAGCAUAGCUGUCAACCAUCCCUUAUUUGGCGGGAAAGUCCCUUAUCCCAGUGCUGUGUCCCGCUGCUGUCCCUUAUUGAUGAUGUCCCUUAAAUUUCCCGGGUUUCAAAGGAAGCAGCUCCUCUCCCUCCCUCCCUGCCAGCCAGGGAGGAGGUAGGCUCCAACUGUGCUGCUUGGCUGCGUUGCUCACCCAAUAAGGAGUCUAAGAAUGACUGGGGGGUGGAACUUGCAUGCCUUGUGCCGAUCAAAUCGGCCGCGUUGCCUGGGGACUUGCCUUUGCUCAGCGCUUCCCAGUGGAGAGGUGACGGUGGUUUCCCUUGCUGCAUCCUCUUUGCCGGGUUGCUGUGCAGUGGGAACCACCGCUUGAGGCUUCAUUUGGCUGCUGGCUGGGCUUUCUGCCUUUGGCUCGGAGGGACUCAGAAGUUGAACAUACCUGUGCUUGGAAAAUCCCUUAUUUUGGCUGCUGAUCCCUUAUUUUCGAGGCUGCUGGUCCCUUAUUUUCAAAUCUGUAAGUUGACAGCUAUGACAUGGAGAUAUGCAGAUCAAAACUGGUGUUAAAGGCAUCGCUGUGGUAACUGAUAAUAAGACAAAGCAGUAGGCAAAUAUGAAGUUUCAUUCAAGUGGCUAAGCAAACGAAGCAUGCAGUUUGCUUCAAGCUUGCAUUUCUCAUGCUCAAUUCUGACACCCCCCUUUUUGGAUCUUUUGCUGUUGAUAUCUGAAUGCAUUCCAGAAUUUGUGAGAACUGCAGACUUGCAGGCAAAUGGCACACUUACAAACAGUAAAUCUAACCCUGUGGAUUAAUUUAAACUAACUUUAAAACACAUGUUCUAGUGCAAGGCUGAACUAACAGUUAGGUUAGAGGUUAUUUUAUUGGCAUUGGUAACUGGCUCCUCUUGGGUGAUGAAGAACAGGGUGGAAGCAAUAGCUGAUCUCAUGGAGGAACCCCUGAGGAUCUUUGAAGUAACUUCAGGCUAGAACACUGCUUGGAAACCACUGUAACAACACUGUGCUAGCCAAUGCUGAGUGCCUGUAAGACCUAUUCAUCCUCCCUAUGAAGGUGACCCAGAAACUACAACUAAUCCAGAAUGCAGCAGCUAGACUGGUGACUCAGAGUGGCCACUGAGACCAUAUAACACCAGUCCUGAAAGACCUACAUUGGCUGCCAAUACAUUUCUGAGCGCAAUUCAAAGUGUUGGUGCUGACCUUUAAAGCCCUAAAAGGCCUCGGCCCAGUAUACCUGAAGGAGCGUCUCCACCCCCAUCGUUCAGCCCAGACACUGAGGUCCAGCUCCAAGGGCCUUCUGGUGGUUCCCUCCCUGCGAGAAGUGAGAUUACAGGGAACCAGGCAGAGGGCCUUCUCAGUGGUGGUGCCCUCCCUGUGGAACGCCCUUCUACCACAUGUCAAAGAGAUAAAACAGCUAUCUGACUUUUUGAAGACAUGUGAAGGCAGCCCUGUUUAGGAAAAUUUUUAAUGUUUGAUAUUUUAUCGCGUUUUUAACAUUUUGUUGGAAGCCGCCCAGAGUGGCUGGGGAAACCCAGCCAGAUGGGCGGGGUAUAAUAAAUUCUUCUUCUUCUUCUUCACUCCAUGUAGGUGGAGGAACAGCGGGGGAAGUACCUUGAAGCCUAUGAUAUUGUGCUGGAGAAAGAUGAAACGUUGGACGUGGCAAAUGGCAUCCUUCGUUUCGUUUUGGCCGAAACAGCCCAAGCCACACAGCCCACUUGCCCUUGAUGACAAGCUGCCAAGAGAUACUCCCUCCUCCAUUUCUUACUGCCCUUUGCUAUGCCAUAGACACAUACCAGUUCUCCCCGUUUCUUGCCAUUGUCAGUAUCCUAGAUCAUUAAAACUGAGCCGAGCUGACAUGUAGCCUCUUCUCUCAACCACCCUGUUCCUUACUUAAAACCCAAUCCUGGCUGCACAAGGCAAGACAUGUGGAAUCGCCUUGCAGUACAUUUCUCGGCGGACCAAAAUGUAGAAUUUGCGAGGAAGCAAUCGGGCCUCUAAAAGGCAAGCCAACGCUUGAAGUUUCUCCUUGGUUACUUCUAGAUUUAGUUUCAAGGACGAAUUUCCAGAGCCAACCAGUUGCAUUUAAAAUCACCCCAGGGCUAUGGCAACUUUCAGGUUUGAGUUCCUGUUGGUUUCUUGUUCGCAGCAGGCUGAUGAUGUGAAGGGGUUGUGGACUCCAAACUGGGCUGUUUGCACCUCCUUGUGGCUUUGCCGCAUGGUGCAACCCGAUUGUGCACAUAGCGAUCGCUUCAUAUAAGCAGAGAACACCCAGAUUCCAUGUUUUGCAGUGGAUUCUUGCAAAGUGUUGCUGCAGGUUUGCAGCCUGCUGUCUGCUAGGUGUGGGUCAAUGCAAUUUCAGCCACUCUGUUCCUCUUUAAGCCACGCCAUUCCUGGCUCUCCUAUGGCUUCCUCUGUUGCAGCAGACACUCGGACAAUGUUUCCUUAAUGGCAUUGUCUAUUUUUUUUAAAGGCCACAAUUCGUGUUUAUUCAUAUGCAGUGUCCCCCUGCCCCACUGCUUCUGAAACAUCUCUUAAAACGAAAAUCUAAACAUAAUAGGGGGUUCCAAUGGUGAAAUUCACUUUUCAGUGAAAACACAAGCCAGUGAUUUAAGAGGACAUGAAUGCUCUUCUGCUGUGUUGAACCAAAUCUGAUAAAGCUGGAGAAACUCAGGCGUGUAAAGUUGGGUAAAUUACCUUGGCUAUACUCUUGGCAGAGGAAAACAGCCUAGCUGGAAUCCUACAAGCUUGAGGCAAAUGUUUUGUUUGGGUGGAACCGGUGUGUGCUGGUACAACUUCAGUUUCCUUUAGGAGUGUAGCUGUUGUUGCACGCUGGAUGAAACAAAUGUUUACCUUGGGUAGUUUUGCCCUUUAAAUGCCAGUUCAAAUGUGUGGUAAGUCAUCUUUUUAAAAGAUACCUUGUUUGUUAUGGGGGGAGCUUUAUAUGAUUGGAAGUUUGAAAGCCAGGUUGAAUAUUCAUAAUUGAGACGGCACAGUAGAAUGGGAUAUUCUUGUAUGAGUUAUACAAGACAGUUUUAAAUAAGAACAGGGGAAUGGCAUCUUCUGAGCAUUCAAUUCCACCCCCUAAAAAAACCAUGCGUUUUGACAGGGUUUCUUUUGCACUAUUUUUGGUUUCACCUUUCCCCUGCCCCAAUUUUGUUUUACAAAGAACAAAUCACCCCUUCCCAGUUUUCUGCACAGAAUACAAGAAUGUUGAAUUGUUUGGGUGUUUUUGUUUUUAUUAUUCAAAGGACAUGUAAAGAUAAUAAAACAGAGACUUCCUAUUUUGGGAAAAAAAAUUUGUAUGCAUAUUGCUUGAUUGUCUGGCUGCUUUAAUCUAAAUUCUUUUUCUUUUUAAAAAUACAACACCACCACAAUAUGCAAGAACGUUAUGAACCACUCCGUAAUCUUUACCAAACCUUUCAUGCCUCCCCCUUCUCCUUCAAGAAACCUGGGUCCUGUAGGUUUGAAUGGGGUCUGACAAUUGUGCUCGGAGUUCCUACCCGUUGUCACAGAACCACGGGUCCUGGAAUGCUUUGAGCCGGGUUGAGGAUAUGACAAAGCAAUUAAGCUCAUGGCCUAGUAUGCCGAUAAAUAUUUCUUCAAGCCUAUUCAAAGCUCUUAGAAUGGCCUGCAGCAGACACAACCGCUAAGCUGCUACUGUCUCCAUUGACGUUUGUGCCACACGGGAAAACUAUGCAGCUAAAUUGCUCCAUUCACAAGAGUUUCUCCGGCACGGCCUCUGUGUCUUCAAGGCCUGACUGAAGUGCAAAAAUUCAGCAAGCCAGGCUUUGCCUGGCAUGCAUUGAAAAGGAAAGCUUUGCAUGCUGAAUAGCUGAAUGUCCUACAGCUAUUCUGAGGCGUAGGAGCCCUGCCCAAAGAAGAAAAGAGCUGGCCAACCUGCCAGCACUCUUUAUUGCUGCUGCUGCUUCUCAGGCUGAGCAACCAUACUCCUGAUUUAGCAAGGGCACAGUUGCCCUGACCUUACACCUUCAUCAGAGCAGUAGUGAAACUUCUGAAGAGCUUUUAUAACCUACAAUAGUUUGGGAUAAAGGCAACGAAUCUAGAAUCUAGUUGCAGAACGCAACCAAAGUUUGGGCACAACCGGCAAACAUUUCUUAGAACAAAGGCUAAGGGGACACCAACAAGGCACCUACUGCAAUCUUUAUUGCAACUGCACACAAUACACUGGGUUGUAUGCAGCCAGGAUUCCAAGAUGGCAGCAGGCGCAGACAAAAUGGCUGCCGCUGUUGCGUAAAAUCUGUCAGGAAUUCUAACAUCAUCUCCCUUGCUCUGCCGUCCCUCUGUUAUAAAAUGGAGGCGCAGGGGUGGGGGUAAGGAAUAGGGAAAUAUCAAAACCGAAAGAAAGCCGGCGGUCUCGACACCCUGUUCCUCCUUAACACUAAAUCCUUCCAGUUAAUUUAGUCAGAGACAAAUCAGAACAUACCACCCCUCACUUCAAUGGAAGGGUGUUAAUGCGCAUGUCUCACAAGCCGUUUUUUUAAAAUAGUAAAACUGGCUCUACUCGUUUCUAAAGUUGGGGAUCUUGUAGCCCCCAUGCUAUUGAGAAGCUUUCACCCACACCACGUGCCCACGAUGGUGUUUGCUUCCCAGAAUGGAGAUCAACCAAGGAAAAAAAAAUGGCAAUAGGCUAUGCAGAGCUAGUCAUCUCUCUCUUGGAUGGUAACAACCACAGCAGUUAGGGGGGCUAUUACAGCUCACUGCGUUUUUCAGCGUGGCUACAGCUCCCUAAAGAAAAGUAUAUGGUAAGGCACAGCCCUAUGUUUCAGAUUUAAGGUAUUUUGCAAGCCCUGAAUAAUCCCAUUCCAGAGGUUUUGGGACUAAAGGAUUAGAGUAAAAAACAAAACAAAAACAAAAAACAAAAAGGAGAAGCAAUGGGGAAUGUUUGCAGGAGGAAAUGUGUUAAGUGUUGGAAGAGUGAACUCUCACAUAAGACCCAGAAAUGGUCAAGCCUUUCUGGAAACCCACAAUUGCCAAAAAAAACCACUGACAUGCCACACCCAACACUGAACAAGGUUGUGGGGCUGUAAUCUCUUCAGGCUGCAGAUGGAGGACGAUGUUUUUGAAUUCUCCCCCCUGUAAAUUCACUGGGGAGAGCUUUACUACAUGCAGGGACAUUUUUUAUUUGUUCUUUAGUGUGGGGGAGUAUUAAAAAAAAAAAGCAUUUCCCCAUCUUCCCUCAAGAGGUAUUGCAGCCCAGAAUUUUUCCACCUCAUUUAUCUCCACCAACGUGUAGGACAAAUGAAACAAACUGGUUGUAGUGAGUAAACAUGAAGAUGCAGGACUGCUUGGAAGGGUACAGGCAGGAAGGAUGAGUUUGUUUAAUGUUCAGGUUGAAGUAGAUGGUAUGUUUGUAUUUACUGGUGGCUCUGUAAGAGUUUACUGUAAAAAGUCAGCUGGUAUGGUAUGUGGCUUGCAGAGCAGUUUUUCGAGCAAAACAAGGGCAUUUUUCUUACCCACUUUAAAUCCGAAAUUGUCAACAGGUCUGCUCUCCUCUUGGACCUUUUAACAGGAGCUUGUCUGCAAAAAACCCCCACAUCUGAGCAUUUUCACCACCUGAAGAGAAAACCAUCAUCACCUGCUAUUGUCUGCUGCCGAUCAAGUUAAUGUUGAAACGCACAGAUGCAAGGGGAAGCCAAAAAGUUGGCAACCCCUUGCAUGCUUUGACUAGCAAGGCAGGUGAUGGAAGGUUGCUCCCAUCCCACCCUCCUUGCACUUAAAUCUCCAGUUUCUAUCUCAGCCUAAUCUUCUGAAGUAGGGCUUGUGGAACAAAAGUGGGCAUCAUCUAUGAAUUCAGAAUCCUCAGAGGUAGGACAACACUUGUUGGAAGCCUCAUGAAAUGACUCGAGAGACUGGAAAAACAGUUAGCACUUAAUAAAACCCCCUGUAAUGUGCGUGAUUGUGUGUGAGAGAACAAGACUGCAAGUAGGGGUUAUGUGCACUGCACAUUUUUUGGUGGGGGUCAGGAAGGGAGAAGUAGAGCUUGGAAUAAACAGUAUUUGCUGUGCUUAUGUUAUGCUCCUUUCAAGAUUUGCAGCUGAAGGAACUUGGGAUUUUAUUGAUGUACGCAAGAUGUCAAAUCGGUGAGGAGGCAAGCAGGACUAGUACAGUGGACGCUCGGGUUGCGAACGUGAUCCGUGCGGGAAGCACGUUCGCAACCCGCAGAAUUCACAACCUGCAGCGCCACGUGUGCGCACGUGCGGGUUGCGAUUUGGCGCUUCUGCGCAUGCGCCAAAACCCGGAAGUAACCCGUUCCGGUACUUCCGGGUUCGGCAUGAUGCGCAACCCAAAAUCGCACAACCCGAAGCGUCUGUCACCCGAGGUAUGACUGUAUACGGAAAGAGAGCAGUCCUUAUUCCCUACCCUUUUGGCUGCAGGGAGCCCAGACUGACUCAUCUUGAAAUUUCCAAGUCUGUCCUUUUAACAUCUAGCAGUUGCUAACCCGCCUUAAAAAAUACCAGUUCCAGUUUCUGCAGAAAUCCAGCAGGUAUUUCUGAGAGUGUUGCUGCCCUCUGGUUCUGCCUGCUUGCUUUCUGUAGGCAUCUUGCGAGAGGAGGAUUCUGGGACUCGAUGGGCCUGAUCUAGCCGGGUUCCUUAUGUAGGCACAGACUUUCCUGGCAUAAACAAGCAGCAAUGAGGGAAAGCUGCACCUAUUAAGAGUCCACCAUCACAACCUGGUCACAGAGGCGGCCAGCCAGCAGUCCCUUGGCCUAAUCUGCUCAGGCAGCUCAGGACUACAACAAGAAUGAGCAGUCCUUUCCUCAGCAGCCUGCUGGGUGAGGAGGGAGGCGGAGAGAGAAGCAGGGCCAGAAAAAGGAGGAAAGAGGGACAGAAAGGAAAGGAUGUGGCAGAAAGAAUGGUUAAAGCAGUGCACCCUUUUGGCCACACCCACUCCUGUCUUCUGCCCCGCCCACUGCCAUUGCAUGGUCUGAUUACAUCAGAAGCAAGGCAUCCCUUGACGGAUUAAGAGGCUGCCCUCGCACCCGCCAUUCAAAGAAUAUUGGAGCAGAUAGGUAACCUUAUCUGUACGUUUCCGCUCCACUCCUUUCUAGUUUUGCCCCGAAAGAAAAACUUAAUAGCUCAUUCUUGGAAAUACACUUAAGUAAUGCAUUUGUUUGGUUCCCGUCACACGUUUCGGGAUUCCUUAAUAUAGAAUUCAGCUUCCUCGAUUUGGCAAGAGAACACACAAAAAUCCAAUGGGGGGGGCAGGGUGUGCGCCUGGAAGCAGCAGAAGGCCUGAGUCGAUGGGACGGCUCCUGCUCACGACAAUUUUGUUGCAGAUGGGAUGCCUGAGGAAAUAGAAGGGAUUCAGUAAAUGGUGUGGUGUGUGUGGUGGUUGUCUGGAAAGGCAAUCGUUGCAAGCGCUAACUCCCUGAUUUUGGUAUGUCGAAACAGGAUCUCAGUUAAAUAGUUCUCAAAAAAGGGGAGAGGGAAAAAAAGAGCAAAGGUACAAAAUGUGGAACAAAAUAGGUUUGCGUCUGUAGGUUCAGUCUCUUUAACUCAGGAAAGGGAGUUAGUGAGCUUCUGGCCCCGCAAAGUAGGGGAAGAGGCACCAAACUGGAGUGCUUUUUUAAAAACAACAACAACGAAGCCCAAUCCCAGAGUCCUUUCUCUUUUAAAGUUCCUCAUGUUUAACUUGAUCCUCGUCUGAUUUCAGCUUCAGUUCCUCUGCUGUGAUCUUCCCAUCCUUAUUCCGGUCUUGGUUUUGGAACAUGUCAUUGACCACUUUUUCCGGGUCAGGGCCUGGCAUGAGACGACCUUUGCCUUCAGAGAUCUGAGCUUUGAUGAACUCUGAGAACUGCGGGGGGGGGGGGUGGAGAGAGAGAAAGCAGGGAAAAGGAUAAGCCAUUUCCACUGGGAAGGGUGUGUGUGGCAUAUGCAUUCAACAACAUGGGAAACAGCAUUUCAAGACAUCCAGCUCCUAUGUCUGGCUUCCUUUAUAUCAGUCUCUUAACUUUCCUUUGCCUACUGCUUGCCAUUUUUCAAGGUUGAGCAAGAUGCCAGACUGAUGGGGAAAAAAAUGAAUUGCUAAAGGUGCCUUAACUUGAGUGGCUCUAGAUGACAACGCAAGACAACUGGAAAAGGGCUGCAGCGUUCACAGGCUGUGCCCUCUGCAGCAAGACGAAGGAAAACCAGGUCCUUAAUUGUGUUGGGAGUUUCCAUGAGUAUAAAAGGCUCUCUACUGCAAAAGUUACAUGGGAACACGAAGGACCCACCAGAUGAUGGGGCUUAAAUGCAUGACCCUACAACCUUUUCUACCCAAGUUGCUUCCUCACGUCUGUAACACCUUAAAAGGGCCCACAUCUCACUGCAAGUUAUAACCAAAAUAUUUAUCAUCUGCUACACAUAGCUGUAGCAACCCAAUGCUUCCUCUUCCUCUUGCUUCCUCUAGCGACCCAAUAAUGUACAGAUUGUUUUUGGGUGUGUGAUGUAACGUUGCAUUUUUGAUUUCACCAUCACUGCAGAAGGGAAAGGACUUCUAUAGAUGAUUUGUUAAUUGUUUUAUAUGAUUUAAGCUGUAUUUGUGAUGUUCUGUUCUGUUUUAUUACGUUAUUGUUAUUUAUUGUUUGUAAGCCACUUUGAGGUUCAUAUGAAUGAAAAGCAACAUAGAAAUACAAAAAAUCAAAUCAAAACAAACAAAUAGUCACUGGGAAGUAGGGCUACAAUGUUAAAUCAAUUGGUCAGUUAGUUUUUUAAAAAUAAAAUUAAAAAAGCUUUUCAGCUGAAUGAUACGGUGCUCCUGGUUAACCAGCCAACCAAUUUUCUAAAAAGAAAAAUAUUUUCAAUGCAAUGCUUAUACAAACUGUAAAUGGUGAGCACCAUCAUAUAGGCAGGGAUGUCUCUUCCAAGACAAUGCCUCCAAGACAACACACAUGUGCAUCUUUUUAAAAUAAAAAGUUGCUCUUUGCUCCAAGCUAUUGUUUUUACCCGUAUACAAAUGGAAUAAAUUUUUCCCUAUUAAUUUACUAAAACUCGAACAACUAACUAUAGGGUAGAUGCUCUUACUCUGGUGGAACGAACAGUUAGUACAAAUGGAUCCAGCCGUGGAUCCUGUCACCCCCCC